UUCAACAAGAAACAAUAUUCAAUUGCUAAAAGUUUCUCGAUCGGUCGUGAGAUAACACAAAUGCAAAAUAUGUUUGCUAAAUUAAUGUGUUUAAUUUUAAAUUUAUUUUUAUUCGUCAGUGGUGAAAAUAAGACUAAUUAUUUGGUCGAUAAUCCCCUUUUGGAUGUCUUUAAAGAAAAUCAAAAUGUGAUGUAUUCGAAUUUGGAAGGAAGUAUGCGUGCGGCUACAAAUGUAAACCAAAGUUACUAUUCAAUUAUUGCGCCCGGAAUAUUAAAAUCAAAUCGUAAAUACACAACGGUAGCCAGUCUGCACGACGCCGCUGAACCGUGCUUGCUUCGUAUCUCAAUAUUGGGGGCACAAUUCCAUAAAACCGAAGAAAUCUUAUUACGACCGUUUGAGUCAAAAACUGUAGAUUUUUAUCCACCUAAACUAGUCCAGGAUAUCUAUACCUUAGUGGCGGAAGGUGUGGAGGGGUGCAGCUUUAAAGAGUAUAAACAAUUGCUGGUUGAAAAUGAUGCGGGACCUAAAAUCUACAUACAAACCGAUAAGGCAGUAUAUAAACCUGAGGAUUUGGUACAAUUUCGUGUUUUAUUUUUGGAUGAACAUACGAAACCAUUAAAUAUAGCAGAGCCUAUAUUGGUGGAGGUAUUGGAUGCCAAAGAAAAUAUUGUGAAGACCUUUAAAGAUGUUCGUUUUAAAAAGGGCGUCUACACCAAUAGUUUUUCAUUGUCUGAAAGACCCGUUUUGGGUUCAUGGUCUAUAAGGGUUUCCGUUAGUGGAAUGUUUUCCCAUUCCAGUUCAAAAGCCAUACAAGUUAAAAGAUAUAUUCUGCCCAAAUUCAGUGUACACAUUAGAACUGCAAAACAUGUGGUCACAAGCGAUGUCAACUUAAAGGCCAUGAUCUUUGGUAAAUAUACAUUUGGAAAAUAUGUACAAGGUAUUGCCACCGUACAAUUGUGGAAUAAAGUCAACACAACAAUGUUGCAAGAACUACAGAUCGCUGUAAAUACACUGGCGGCCGUGGAAUUUCCUCUAGCAAAUCUAAAACGGAUUAUGUCAGACAAUUACCUAAAUUUGUUAGUGACGCUAAGGGAAAAUUUUACUGGUAUCGUGCAAAGCGAGUCCAUACAAAUCAUGUUGCAUACACAGCGCUACAACAUUAUUGCAAAUGUUAAUGAUUUUGAAUUUCUUGAUUUGGAUCCCUACCGUCUGAAAGUCCAAAUACAACAUUGGAAUGGAGCUGCAGUUAUGGAUCCUAAUACGGCGGUUAUAUUGAAGCACGGCCAUAAAACAUAUGAAACUCAUAUGGAGGACAAUGGUGUGGCAACGUUUGAAUUUGAAAGUCAAAAGGAGAAAGGGUACUUCAUAUUUUUCAAGGAUUCUGAUUUAUAUAUUCCAAAUGUAUAUCGGGCUGUAAGAGAAGAAAACAGCAGCAUUUUCUAUUGUAAAUUAAAGUUGUUGGAUCCAAGACUACAUUUAGGAAAACCAGUAAAAAUUGAAGUCAGUUCUAGCGAAAAUAUACCACACCUUGUCUAUGCAAUUGUGGGGCAUGGUAAUAUCAUACGUAUGCAGCAAAUAACUUUGCCACCAAAUCAAAAGUCCUACAUAAUCCACAUAAAACCUGCAAUAGAAAUGAUACCCUUGUCCUAUAUAUAUGUUCACUAUUCCCAUAACGGCAUAUUGAGAUACAAUGACAUGGAACUGGUUUUUCCCAGGCAAUUCGAAAAUCAAAUUUCUUUAGUGGCUCCCCUAGAAGUGAAACCCGGUCAAGAAAUUACUGUUGAAUUAAAGGCCCAACCUCAAUCAUUUGUCGGAAUUUUGGCAGUUGAUUUGGGAGUACAUAUGUUGGACCCAUCCUAUGAUUUGGAUCGAAAUAAAAUAUUAAAUGAACUAGCCGAAGAUAAGUCGCACAUACUUGCUGAGUAUAUUGAAACUGGGCAAUUUCUAAUUUCGGGUCUGGUAGUUUUAACGAAUAUUAACCGAAAGUUGGAAGAACUGAAAACUAGAAAACCAAUACGUCAAUCUGAGGAAGGCCCGCUAAGCUAUCGUACACAAUUUCCAGAAGUAUGGAUUUUUCAAAAUUUUGAUAUUAAUGCCACAAAUACCAAAAUGACUUUCAAGCUGCCUGAUUCCAUAACCACUUGGCGUAUAACAGCUUUUUCCAUUAAUGACAAGUCCGGACUGGGCAUAGUCGAGGGGCCCACUGAUAUUACAGCUAUAAAACCAUUUUUCAUAACUCUCAAUCUACCCUACUCCAUCAAGUGGGGUGAAAUUGUGGCCAUUGGCAUAUUGGUAUUCAACUAUCACUCCCAAUCUCUAGAUAGCAGCAUUGUAAUGCUUAAUAAUGAACUGGAAUUUGAGUUCAUGGAAUCUAUGACAGGUGACACGGAAAAAUCUAAAGAUCAACAGAGAAAAAUGGUUAAAUAUGUGUUGCCGGCCAAUGAUGGCAAAAUGUUUACAUUUUACAUAAAACCGUUGAAAGUAGGAAAUAUAAAUCUGCGAAUUUCAGCCUCAAAUUAUCUAUACAUAGAUGCUGUGCAUCAACAACUUAAAGUGGAAUCACAGGGUAUUGACAAAAAAUAUAAUCAGCCGAUUUAUUUAAAUGUUAGCAGCGAAACACCAGCUAUAUCAUCCUCCUUUCGGUUAGAUAUUCCCUCGGAUGUGGAACCCACAUCCUGUGGUAUUGCCUUAACAGUUGGUGGUGACUAUAUAGUGCCCACUUUGGACAAUCUGCAACAAUUAGUCGAGAUGCCCACGGGAUGUGGCGAACAAAAUAUGGUUAAUUUUGCUCCGAAUAUUUUGAUUUUACAAUAUCUGAAAGCCACUGGAGAAUAUUCAAAUGAAAGGAAACUUGUUGCCACCAUCAAGUCUUAUAUAGAUAUUGGUUAUCAGCAGCAAUUGUCGUAUCGUCACGCCAAUGGUGGUUACAGUGUCUUUGGCGAGAGCGUGGACGAAGAGGCCAGUACCUGGCUGACAGCAUAUUCUGUACGUUUCUUCAUUAAAGCUUCUAAGUUUGCAUCUAUAGAACUACGUAUAAUUGAAAGGGGUUUAGAGUAUUUAUCCAAUGCUCAAUUGACUGAUGGCAGUUUUCCUUAUACUGGUUAUUUGUUCCAACCGGCUCAAGAAAAUCGUUAUGGCUUGACGGCCUUCAUAUUGGCAACAUUUUUGGAGGAUCGUAUGUAUGCCAGACAAUACCAAAAGGUCAUUAACAGCGGUCUUCAAUUUUUAACCAACAAUUUGGAUGAUGUUAACGAUGUCUAUUCCCUUUCCAUUACUGUGUUUGUCCUACAAAUGGCAAAAAAUUCGAACGUCAAUAAAGUUUUAGAAAAACUACAAAUCUAUCGUAAGGAAAAGGAGGGUCUAGUCUGGUGGUCGGGAAGCAAUAAUUCGAAUGAACAUAGUGUGGAAAUUACCGCAUAUAUAUUGAUGGCUCUGCUCGAUUCGAGUGCACCCGGUGAUCAUAAGCCCAUACUCAAAUGGUUAAUAGCACAACGCAAUGAUAAGGGAGGCUUUCUAUCAACUCAUGAUACCGUUGUGGGCUUACAAGCCUUGGUUAAAUUUGCACAAAAAAUUGGGGAAACAAAAAAUGUGAAUUUGGAUAUCAAAUAUACGGCAACAGAUCAAAAGGGAGAUGCAGUCAAAAAUGGUGCAUUUAAAGUUGAAUCUGGUAAUUAUUUAAUGUCACAGAAACAAGAGUUGCCCCAAUCUACUCGCAAUGUUAGCUACGAAAUGACCGGAUCUGGUUCUGCACUCUUGCAACUCUCUCACCACUAUAAGAUACUUGAUGCCAGCACACCAAUUAGUCCGAUGAUUAUAGCAAGUGGCCCAAAAUCACGUAGAAAAGAAGUAGUCUCCUCUAAUGCCAAAAACGAUGUCAAAUAUUUCAUUAUUGAACCUAAAGCCAGUAUUUUGAAUAAUAAUUUGGAUUUGGAAAUUUGUUACACAUACACUACCAGCUCUAAUAUGGUUAUAAUGGAGGUGAAUUUACCAUCUGGUUAUCGGACGGACGAUGAAGUUCUCGAAGAUUUACAAAGUAACGCGUUUGUACAACGAAUCGAACCUAAGAAAGAGUAUACGACCAUCAUGCUGUAUUUGGAUAAAUUAGCGAUAAAUAAACAAAACUGUAUAAAUAUUUUGGCCUAUAAAACAAACGAUGUAGUUGAGCGUAAAUCUGUGCCCAUAAUGAUGUAUGACUAUUAUAAUAAAACUUCUUAUAAUUCAAUAUUUUAUAAUAUUUAGUAAGUUAUAUUUAAAUGCUUUUAAUUGAAAUAAAGUAAUGAAAAAUAAA